CACUUGCGGCGAGUGCUAGUGUGUUGUGGGGAGUCACAGUGCCUGCAAGUGUUGGCCGGGCUCUCUGGCGCUCUGUGUGUGAGUGUGCGGUGGCGUCCCUCAAGCAAAGGAAAAUUUCUGCCUCUUUUGAAAAUUAAGGCGAAUAUAGUUUCAGGAUGUAAUUGAAAAAAAAGAGAAAUGUGAAGGCGAUUUGAACAGCGAUGAUGUAACGAACAUAAGAAAACCUCAUGCAUAACGCAUCUUACGAGAAGAAAUUUUCGAAAAGGUUGAAGGAAAAAGACACGAUGUUUUGACCACGGUGAUUUCGGUCAACCUCCCCCUUCUUUUUGUUUGUGUCUCCGUUUUGUGUGUCUUUGUUAUAUUUUGCCGUGGAUUUUAUUUGCUGUUUUUUUCUCUGGAGGCGAACCGUGGUCUGUGUAUUUGGUGACGAGAGUGAAAAUCACAUCGAGUGUUUUAGCAGUCUUUAGUGGUCCCGAGUUCAUUCGUAUCACGCGGUAUUAUUGCACGGAUAUAUCGAUAUACAGCACGGGGAUAAAGAAAUUUCCCGAAAGUAAAUAAAUCAACCGGAAAGUUACAUAAAAGCAAGUACAAAAUAAGCAGCCAUGUACGGAAGAGCGAAAAUGCACGAGGAGCCGGUGACAUGUGGCUGCGGAUUGGUCCGGAGUCCAGCCCGGCGUCGACGAGGCAACCAAUCGGAACACGUCUCCAGACUCUAUUUUGACUACAUACGAGUUCCAAGCCACAACCGGCAAGAAACCACCCUAGUCCACCCAGUCACCCAGAAGUCAGCCGUUCACGCGGAGGCCAUCCACUCCCCCCCGGCCUCCACUCUCAGAUUCGAGGCGACCUCCUCAGCCCCGAACACCAACACACUCUCCAGCAGCGACACGAAAAGGGGGGGUGGAGGACGCCGGUCAGGAGGCUCGUGGGUGAAAAGCCCAGGAGUGCGGCGCCCCGAGGUAUCCCAGGUGACGCUACAGGGAUGGCUGUACAAGCAGGGCGCCGACGGCCUGCACCUCUGGAAGAAGAGGUGGUUCGUCCUCUCCGAGUACUGCCUGUACUAUUACAAAGGUCCGGACGAGGAUAAGGUCCUGGGGUCGCUGCCUCUGCCCUCGUUCAAGAUCAGCCCCGUGGACUCCGAGGACCGCGUGUACCGCAAGCAUGCGUUCAAGGCCGAGCACCAGAACAUGCGCACCUACUACUUCGCGGCGGAAACCAAGGACCAGAUGGCUCAGUGGAUGAACGCCCUGUCCCUCGCCUCCAUCCUGCAGAAGGACACCAGCCUAGAGGAGAAGUGGAGCAGCGGAAGCAGCGCGCGCCGGAGUGAGCGCCCCUCGGUCUCGUCUUUGGCGUCGACGGCCUCGCCCUCAGCCGACGAGAGCGACUCCGGCUUUCACGGCUACAGGUCGAGGAGGUACCGGUCCCCAGACGGCCGGUCUCUGGACGAGGCAAGCGAAUCGUCUCGCCUCCAGGGCGACCGCCUCAACACCUCGUGCGACUCGUCCCUGAUCCUGCGGCCCGGCGAGCGCCAGCCCCUCUACGCCAACGCCCCACCCAAGCCCAAGCGACUAAACUCCUCCAGGGACUACAGCACCUCCCCGGAGCGGUCGCCCGAGCGGGACGAGAGAGACCCGCGCAUCUACACGGACCAUGGUGGCGGCAACGGCGCCGCGGACUCGCGCUCGCCCGACGCCCGAGGACUGCACUUCCACCCUCCCUCCGCCGAGCGAAGGACUCCCGACGCGUACGGAGUGACGUCGGGCGGCGCACGCGGGGACUACGAGGACGUGUAUGGCGACAGCAAUGGCUCCAGCUCCCUAGCGCAGAGUCCCAUCCGGAAGCCCGAGCAGCGAGACUCGUUCGCCUCGUCCAGGAGCGGCGGGACGAGACUCUCCGAGGAGCUGCAGCUGGCCGACCCCAUGAGGCCCACCUUCCGCGGCCAGGAGGACACGCUCCCCCGGGUCUCGCACCCGGACCCGCACCACCGCCACCGACCGCAGGGGCCACCGCGCCCGCACAGCGCAGACUUCUUGGAGUACGACCGGCGGCACGGCAGCAACGACAUGUGGUCCUACCGACGCGGCAGCGGCGGCGACCUCCCGAGACCCAACGAGAUUCGGCCCAAGUCGUCCGUGGGUCAGAGCGACCUGGAUCACUGGUCGGAGGAGAAUUACGCUCAAAAGAUGCGGCAGUCGUCGUUGUACCACACGCACAUGCACAGCAGACCCACGUCGAGAUUCUCGGCAGCGGGGAAAGGCGAGAGCCCUGUCAGUGACCACCACCAUCUGCAUAGCCCCCACGGUGUCCCUCAGCGUGUGCCACCAGCCGGGGCCGCCACGCCCGAUCUAUAUACGCCACACAAACCCUCGGGCAUGGCGCCGGGCACCACGAACAGUUUGCGACAUGGCAUGGUUGGGGACGGCAGGCCAGCCUCGAGACAGGACCUGACUCAGGAUCCUCGACCCGAUGUGAGGCCCGACCUGAGACAGGACCCGAGGCAUGACCUCAGGCCAGACCCGAGACUCGAAUCCAGACCAGUGCACAUGCGAGCGGAACCGAGGCAAGAUCCACGUCAAGGAAUGGCACCCGAAGCGCACAGACAACACAAUCACGAAGAUCCUCACAACAGAUCGGACACGUCACCCAACACGACGUUCAACAGUGUGCCUACCCCCCCAGGCAGCUAUCAGAACAGUGCCUCUCCCAGUGGCAGCGCCAACAACAGCUUCAUGAGAUCGGCGUCUGCACGGCUGCCACGGCACAAGCUGCAGGAUGAUAUGAUGAACACCUCAUUGCCUGAUGAUGGGUCGGAUGGAGACACCAAAAAGAUGCAACAGAGAGAGGAAUCAAUGAAAAGGCUGCUGGAGUGGAAACAGAGAAUGUUGCAGUCACCCUUAACACGGAAGACCUCCCCUCGCCAAGAUGCAACUGCAACGCCACAGCCUCGAACAAAUAGCGAAGCUUAUAGGCAGCAAGUCCUAAACGAGCUUGCAACUCAGGAAGCCAGAUCAAAAAGUGUCCAAAGUCACGGACAUGGCCAGAGCCAGUCUCCUGGGAGGACCCUGGGACAAGUGCCGCUUUCGGGGCCUGUGCCAGGAAAGCCCCACGGCUUCUCCCCCAAUGGAUCAGCUGCACUGCACCACGGGUCAGGUAGUCAACCAGGUCAGGUACCUAGUGACUGUUCUGUGCCUCAGGAGUACGUGAGCGCCAGUCCAAUGAGUCAGGGCCCUGUGAAUCAGAGUCCCAUGUGUGUACCUGGUCGAGGACCUGGGGAGAGGCCGGCCCCUCAGGGGAGCUCCUCCCACCAGAGCUCCGAUAGUGGGAGCAGUAGGAGGAGGGAAGGCCGUAGGGAGAACUCCAGGACCAGGCAUGUCAGUGGAGGAGACUCGAGAAGGUCGGCUUCUGCCUCGAGAUAUAACAGCUACUCAUCGGAUGAAGAAGAUCUGCUGGAGGAGCGUGAGACUCGCAAAAGGACUCGACGCAACUCAAGGAGAAGCAGUGCCGAGUUGAGUCGCGACGGACGAAGGGCAGGCACCACGCCGGAAGGCAGAUAUCCAGCCUGGCCGGAAAAACGCAGUCCCGAGGAAAUGUUGGACGUUUCCAGGGAUUUCCGGGAUGAAAAUAGGAAUGAGCUUAUGAGUGACAGUUUUGUGCAGCAGCCAGUGCAUGCGACUCCUACUUCGUCGCCUGAUUAUGUGAAUAUAAAUGUUGUGAGUGAAUCGUGUGAUCCUAAAUAUUCAAAUAAAUUCAGAGGCAAAAAUAAUGCCACAGAUGUAGAAAAUGUUUGCAGUGAGAGAACAGUGAGCCAACGUGCUGAACCUGUGUUCAUUGAACAGCAUGAAGGCUAUGAUGAAGUGAGAAGGUUUGAGCCACAGCAUCUAGAAAAUGAACAAAACCCAAAUGUGUCUAGAAAUUUUGAACAAAGUUAUGUUUACAGUGACCGCUUUUAUGCAACAAGAGAUCCCUAUUAUGUAUCAGAUGUUCAAAUGCCAGCAAUAAACGAUCAUAAAUUUGACGAUGACAAGAAUACCAGUGCCCCUAUAAAUAACAUUUCACAACGAGAUUUGAACACUUCAUAUGAAUCUAAGACUUCGUCACAAAGUAAGUACCAUCAGGUGAACAAUAUAUCCUUUGAAAAUGAGCAAAGAAGGUCCUCUGUGGACAUGAACAAGAAUUCACACCACAGUCUGCAUGGAAGGGAUGGCAAAGACUUCCAGAGCUACGAUAGUACAACAGGUUAUCCCUCCUAUGACUCCCACAUUGCUCACAAAGGCGAUAGUCUGAACUCGCACAUUUCUCAAAGAGGGACUGGCUUUCAAGAUGAUACCACUUCCACUGGCAAAUAUUCAGACAGUGGUUAUGAUACUUUGCGUGCAGAAAUGCCCCUCCGACGUGAAGAGAACAGAAAUCCUCAUGGUGGGUCUCUAUGGAAAGCAGAUAGUUUAGAGAGUAGCCCUGAGUGUUCGAGUGUUGUAAGAAGAAGGGGGUAUGAUCGCGCUGGUAGAAGGCCGGAAACGUGGAGCCCUGAAAAGUUUGACAGGUCUUGGGUGGGAAGGCCAAUGGGACCAGAUCUGAAAUCGAAAGUGGAUGAAUCCAAGGUCGUGAAGGAAUAUAGUUAUGAGUACAUUACUCCUGAUAAGAACUGUGAAUCGUCACCCCAGGAGAAUUUUAGAAAUAUGUCCAAUUCACUGAAAAAGUCAACCCCAGUUUUACCAUGUUUAGAAAGUCCAAAAAUGGUACAAGAAACUCAUCAACAGACUCAGAGUCAGAUGAAUUUGGUGCAAGAUAGGAUAAAGAAAUUUACAAGCAACAUUGAUGCCAAAGAAAAUCAUAUCAAUCAUAGCGAAGAAUCACGCAUUAAGCCCUUAAAACAUAGUGAAUCAAAGACACAAAUAGAUAAUCAAAUGAACAACUCAGGCUUCAAUGAGCAGCCUUCAAGAAACCUAAGAGAACCCCUGAAGGAACCCUUGAAACCUGUGUCCCAAGUCAGAAGUUCAGAAGCUCUUGUAUCGCCCCUGAAGGCCGAGUUCGCCACCUCGGAAUCCACUAUGGUGACAGCUCAAGAGGCGCAAGUCAAGAACAUAUCUGAUUAUAAGAGGAGAGAUGAGGUUAUUGGUGCUGCAACCAUGGAAGAAGGUGUGGCAAAUCUCAGGUAUGUCUCGAGUCCAGAGCCUUCAAGUUUAGAGUACAGAGAACUGAGAAGCCCUCAGGAUAUUAUGGAUUCAAGGCUUAGCAGAACCAACAUCAGGAAGUUUUUGUUUGAUGAUGAUUCUAAGCCUGAGACUAACAAACAGCAUCAUAAACCACUGAAUCCUGUUAAACCUCCUUUGAUGAAGAAACCAGCACAGCCUAGAUCUGUGAAGGCUCUCCUGAAGAAUUUCGAAGAGAGGAGCAUAGAACACAUGGAGAGGGUCAGUAUGAGUCAAGAUGUAUCAAGGAAGAAGUUCCACAGUGACUCAGAAAUGCUGUCCAACGAGAGUUCAAGCGAUGAGGGCCCUUGUGAUGACCAGUACAAUGCAUUGCCAGAGAAGACACCAGUGUCACCCACCACAUCUGUUCUUGCGGACCUGAGGAAGUCGGCAGAUGACAAGAAGGAGGAGGUUGCUCCUAUUGUUCCUCCUCCAAGGCCACCAAAGAAACCAACAUUAGGAGGAGAUAUGGAUGUAGUUAUGGCCCCAGCCUAUCUGAGACUAAGUUUAGCAGAAUCUAUUCAAGAAUCCUUGAAGGUGCAGGAGGAUAGUGACAGUGGAGGGGAAGAGGCAAGUUGGAUGGACACCACAUUGAACAGUGAGCAAAGUAGAUUGCUUUAUCCUCCCUCUGAGCAUGACACGUCUAUUGUAAUAGACCUGGACAAGCCACCAGAGGAAGAUGCUCCACCACCUCCUGUUUGCCCAACAAGUGGAAUUCAGAGCCCUCUACCUCGACCAAAUCCUUAUAUAGAGGAGAACUACUUACCAAUGAGCCCACCUAAAAAGCCAAGCCAUGGAUCAGGUAUUCUUGCUCCAGCAAGUUCUUGCAGUAGUCUGAGUAGUAAGCAUUUGCCUACUCCAGAGCCUGUAUACCCUGAUGCCUUUGCAAAAACGGAAUAUGAGGAACACACUUACAUCGAGAUGAGUGGAGACACAGCAUCCAAUAACACCACAAGUAAUGCAACUCUUCCUCCUCGACUUGAUCUCAGUAAAUUGACUGGUGAGCAAAUAUUUACUCCUGAGAGUCCUAGGUAUUACGAAAUUGGGGAUAAAGAUGAGCCCCAGCAUUAUGAGUACAUAUACAAGGGACAGUCUCACUAUGAAGCAAUCUACAUGGAAGUUCCAAAUUCUGAAAAGGACGAGAAUCCAGUAGACGAAAAACCCCAGAUUCCAGAGAAACCAGAUGAACUAAAAUUACAGCCUAAUUCUGAGAGGAAAUAUCCAUCAGACACAGCUCUUAACUCCUCCCUGAGUAAGAUUGACACAAAGCCUCAGUCUAAUGUCUCUUCUGAUGCAGAUGAUGAAGCCUCCAAGGACCUUGAUAGUCUGGAACCCCCUCGCAACCCUCGUUUCAGCCUGUCAGAUACUUUCCGCCCAGCUUCAUACUAUUUAAGUGGAGCUGAACCGUCAAGUGAUCCUGAUGCUCAAGAUUCUUCAGAUUCUGAUCUUGUUCCUCCUCCACCCAUACCUCUUAGUCCACCACCAAUGGACGAACUGGAAACUGGAGGACCAAAAGCCAAGAAUUUUGAUUUUGAGAAUCUAGAAACCCCUGAUCCCCCUCCACAUCUCCGAAAUGCCCUGACGUCUUCAAGAUCACUCAGGGUCAGUCAGAGCAGCCUAAGAGAAGAUCUAAAUACUUCGAGAUCAUCUAUUGGCAAGGAAAAAAGAAUGUUUGAAAAGUCAGAAUCUUCCUCCAGUCUUCACUCCGAUAAACUGAAGAGAAGGCCAGUAUUUGAAGAGACUCUAGAAAGUCUUCAUGAUGAUGAUAGUUUCAUUCUAAGGUCAGAGGAUAGGUAUCCUGCAUCAGCUGCAUAUCCAGAAGAUUGUACAAUGUCUGGAGCAGAAAAGAAUAUUCAGAGAGACAGACGGAAACCUUUCCCACAGUGUGCCGAAGAUAUUUUACUUCCUGGAGAGAAGCAUGAACCGUCUGCCAGGCCAAAGUCAGCUUUGGAUCACAACAUGUCUUUCCAGAGCAACUUGGACACCUCAUUUUCAUCCGGAAAGAUUGAAAAUCCUUAUGUGAAUGAAGGUUUCCAGCAUAAUGCUCGCCCCAAUUUGAACAACCUUCAGGGUCCUGCAGUAGGCAGAGAGUAUUGUAAUAUACCUCCUAACUCAAAGGCCUGCAGUCAGCUAGAAAGAGAAAGGUCAAACUCAACUGGAUCACGACCAAAGUCUCCUGACCCAUAUGCUGACAGAAAGGAGCUCUCUACUUAUCAGAAUGUCCCUGCACCAAGGACAUCAUUGCUGAAAAAGAACCCAAGUCAGCUGAUCUCAUCAAAUGCAGAACCGACGGGGUCUCCCAUGAUCGAUGCACUUCGUGGGGUUCAUAGUCCUGUUGCACAACUGAGUGUCAGUCACCAACGCACAUCAUCAGAGGCUUCUUCUCGAGGAUUAGUGAGCCCUACAGCUAGUGUCCUUUCUCUGGGUGGUGGCAAUGUGGCUCCUAUACACUUGAGAGCUGCUUCCAAUGUGUCAGUAGGAAGUGAAUCAAGUCCUCGCUCUGCACCCUAUUAUUACUCUGAUGUGAUUCGAGAUGAGGGUGCAGCACUUGCUGAUGGAAUGGUAGGCACUCCAAGAUCAAGGUCCUACCAGCUCAAUAAUCAGCGUGAUCUUGAAGCUAAUAAAAGGCAGGAUAUAGGGCGUAAGGUAAACCAGAUCACCAGUGCUUCAGACUUUGAACAGAGACGUGAAAGAUUGACACAAAACCACAGUCUGGCUCAUGAACUGAGAACUUCAGUCGAGUUUCUUGAAGGAAAAACUGUAACAUCUCCAGACGAACGUAAUGUCUAUGAUUCUGACACACUUCGUAAAAUGAAGCGUCGUGCUUAUACCCCAGACCCAGAGCUUGAUGCCAAGAAUGUGUUUCCCUAUGGUCUUUCAGUGAAAAUGGACUCUCCUUCAGCUGGUCCUCAAAUGGGCCACCGGAGGACAAGGUCAUUAGAGGGACUUUUAGAUGAACCAGCUCGGCCUUUUGCAGGUGGAGCAAGUAAUACCUUGCCACCACCCCCAGAAAAUUCUCAGUCUUUCAAUGGUCCAAUGCAACACAAUGCAGGUUGUGCCAAACCAGGUGUUCCACAGAUUGCCACAUCAGCACCCUUGAGAACAAGUCAAGGAAGUUCCUUGGGAUCAAGUGUAUCGCCUCCACCACCACAUCUUGUGACUGCACCACACAGAGGUGCCUUCUCCCAGCUUACAAGUCAACGUGCAUCCGUCAGCAGCUUGCAUAGUAGUGGUAGUGUGCCACCAGGAGCAACCUCCCCUUACGCUACUUCUCCCUUGCCAAUAUCACCCUUGCCUCCAUACCAGAUUGGCAGUCGUGAUAGUCUGGUCAGCAGGGAGAGCACCGCGAGUCGAAUCAGCUUCCAUGAACCCCGGAGUCCACAUCAACCACGCAGCCCUCUAAGCCACGACCAGAUGGCUUUUCAGGAGAGCCAAGAAUGGGAGGACGACAGUCAGUGGCGGGAACAGCUUCGCCGUGCUUCCUUGAGACACACCCGUUCCUUGGAGACUCUGGACGAAGGACGCCCCCGGAGACCCGGCGACGGGGGGAGCACCGAAAACCGUCCUCCAGCCAGGCUGAGUGUGCCAAACCACCAGCCGAGCAUGGAAGACCACAGCAGCCAGCGACUGCAGCAACACAAGCUGGAUGAAUAUACAGUUGACUACCGCGAGGGCCGUGUGGGCCCGAACCAUUACCGAGGGCAUGGUGGUCAACACUCGGAGACCCUCGAGAGAACUCGAAGGGGCCUCACAUGCCUCGAAGGCUACGAGUGGGACGAGGCUGAAGAGCGGUUCAGGAAACCGAACCCGCCCAGCAGGAUUCAGUCCCCGACACACCAGCAAAACCACAACGUCCAGCAUCAGCCUUUUUUAGCCGACGGCCUCCCACCUUCACCCGAGACGGAGCGCGAGGAGCAGCGUCAGUGGCAGGAGAGCCCGGCGCCGCCCCCCGCCCCCGGUCCGGCCUCGCCCCGCCCGCAGGAGCACCCUUCUUCGGCGGGCGGCGAUGAGAGUCCGGCUGGUUCCUCGGGGGUAGGAGGGAGGCCCGCCGACGUGAGCGAGGCCCGACACGACAGCGCCGCUUCUACCGCGGUCUCGCCCACGCCACAAGAAGACACGCCCACACCCACGCCCACAAGCAGCGCCUCUCUCACCGCACCGGAUGUCAUCCCCACACUUGACGUCAAGUUGGGUGAGAGUCUACCUCGCCGACCUGAUCCUAACGCACCCAACUCCGGUGUACCACAGGGUUCCACCCACGCCCACGCUCACGCCCAUGCUCAGAAGUACCACCACCCGCACGCCCAUCACCAGAACUACCAGCACCACCCCCAUCCCCAUUCGCAAAACCCUUACCACCACUACAAGAGUGACGAACUACAUAAGUACUCCAACCAUCCUGGCCAGAACUACCAAAGCAACGGCCCGUAUGCCAACAGCUACCACAGUGGUCAUGGCUACCACUCGAACUACCCCGAGGAGCACGCUAACUACCCCAACAACUUCAAGGCUCCCCACAACCGGGCGCCGAACUACCAGGACAACCAGCAGAGCCUGGGAACCAACCCCAACAACUACAACAACACCCUCAACAGCCAGCGGGGUGUCUUGAACGGCUCCUACAGACAGCCUAGUCACUACGACUUCCAGGACUACCACAACUUCAAGAACCACCAGCAGGACUACAAGAACCAUCAGCAGGACUACAAGAACCACCAGCAGGACUACGGCACCUACGGGAAGCACCCGCGACACCACGACCAGCGCAUCAACGGGCGUGUGGGCGGCAGCGACCCGCAUCAGCAGUAUUCCGACUCAGAACUGACCGUGUCCAAGCAGCAGCAGACGGCAGCGGCGGCAGCGGCUGCGGCGGCGGCGGCGGCCCAGGAGGGCGUGGAGGUUCGUGGGCUGCAGGGCGUGAGCGCGGGGGAGCUGCUUGGUAAGACUCACGAGGAGCUGGUGCUGCUCCUGAUCCAGCUGCGGCGCCACCACUCGGCGCUCCAGGCGGCCCGCCACCACGCCCGCCUCGAGAGAGACUCGCAGGCCCGCCUUGCGCACCUGGACGGGGAACACCGGGAGGACCACCUGCGCCGUCUGGCUGCCCUUAACCACCACCUGCACGAUCUUGAUAAGCAGUAUGAAAUGGGCAAGCCCCUUAUCAACCUUGUCGACAACAUGGUCAAGCUUGGAUCGCUGUACCGAGGUGGCGACUCGAGGCUCUCUGCCCCGCGCGACUCUCAGAGGCCAAGGUCGUACUAUCCGGCAGAUGGCUAUGACUCGCUUCAGUUCUCGAGAAGAAUUCAGGAAAGGAGAAUAGUGGCGGAAGACAUGCAGGAAUACGAGUUGGCAGCAGCAGACCAGGCUGACUUAGAGGGAAAAGUGAUGCAAUUGUAUAAGUUGGACAAGAACCUACAGCAAGAGUCACUGACCAUUCAGAGCUUGCAGAGAGAGAAGGAGAUGCUGGAACGCACCCUAGUAAACCUGAAUUCCAAGUCUCACGGAGCAAAUGAGGGACCAGUAGAACUUGAACGGAGAAAGAAACAGAGACGGCACUUGGAACACGAGCUAUCCAAACUCCGUGCUCACCUUGCCGUGUCUGCAAGGAAAUUAGAAGAGACCGCUGCCGAGAACAGCCGCCUAGAGCACGAGAUGAUGAUGCUUCGCCAAAAGAUUCAGGUAACCAUGGCACGUAACUGCCAGAGAGAGUCAAGCAGCAGUGCUGAAACACGCCACAUCGAAGCAGAAAUGGUUCGCGUGCAAACGCUGUUAGAGGAUCUACAGAGACGGAGAAUUGAACUGAGUCACCAGAUCCAAAGAUUAACAUCAAGUAACCCAGGCAUCGAGCUGAGACCCUCCCCUACUGGGGUAAUGGGUGCUGCCCCUGUACCCGCAAGGAAGAGAAGAAGCACUUGGCUUGAGACUGAUCUGGAUGCUAUGAUAACAAGGGAUAGGGGCUUAGACCCACCUGAGGAUGGCAGGAUGCCCAGUCACCCUGUUUAUGUCAAUGCUUCAGGAUAUCCAGAUAAGGUUGGGCCCAGUGAUUACCCUGAAAGUCCGGACUAUAUAGAUACAGACUAUCCACCACCUCCACCUCCUCCUGAGCAUAUGCGGUCAUAUAACGAACUCCUUGAUAGCCAAACAUCAUUGGCAGAUCAUUUCCUGAAUGAACAUCUAUACCUUCAUAAUUAUUCAGCUUUAGGAGAAUCUGAUCAAAUACAGCCUCUGUUAAAUGGGGACCUUGGAGGAAGUGCCUUGCUGGGGCUUGACCGUGAUGCUGCAGAUAAUCAACCAGAUGGUGAAGAGCAGCAGCAGUCUGGGAGCCAUCUGGAUAUAAACGAUGCAGAUGACAGAAUGAAGAGAUAUUAUGGCAUCCUGCCCAAAGAGAAACCACUGGAAAUAAAGACUGUGCGCAUAGUGAAGAGGGAGUCAACAGAGAGAAAGAAGGACCGCAGUGUUGGUGGAAAGCGGGUAACGAUCGGAGAGAACAACCUGACUUAUGUGACGGAAGAUGACAUUGAGAGUGACGGUUUGUCAGACGUUGAGAAUGAGCCGCCCAUUCCUUCCUUUGCUUCAAGGUCAGCCUCACUGCCUCGGAACUAUGGGCGAAACGGGCCAGGGGAACGCGUCAGCAUGAUGGCAGCAAUGAUGAGGACGAGUGUUGGAAAUGCGGGCACCAUGACACGUCCCAAUAAUUUAGCUCUGAAGAAAUCAGCCGAGUGGAAGGCUAAGAAUGAGAACCUCAAAGGUCGCCCAUUGAGCGCACAUGAGCAACUUUUUGGCUUUUCUCGAGAAGCUGAGCAAACCCCCCCAGCAUCCCCCUCCAAGUCGGAUCCCCCCUCCCCUGUUUUCAAAAGUGCCGCUGCACAGGAGAUUAUAAAGGAAAUGGCCUCUGAGGCCGAGAAACACAGGCGGUCCGUUCCUAAAGAGAAGCGAAGGCACUUCACGAUCUCUAGUAGUCGGCCCCUCAUGCUAGAGACGAGAGAUACAGGUCUUGAGGAGGGUGCUAGAUCACGUGACGACUGUGAUAUGGUCAGGGCCUUGAGACCACGAAAUCAUCCUGAUGUUGUUAAGUCAACACUUAGCACAAGAGAUCUCCGAUUUAAUGAGACAACAAUUGAUUCCAUACUUGGUGCUCCAGACAAGAUAUACAUUCCAGAGCGAUAUAUGCCAGAUGAGGAUGAUGAGAAAGAACCAACAGAAGAAGAGCGUGCACAAAGAGAGCAGAAAGCAGAAUCGAUCCGGAAGAUGCUCAGUGAAACCCAAACAACUGUCACCGCCACUGACAACCCAGAAGUCCAAAGCGAGGCGAGUGAAACGGCAGCAAGUUCCUCCUCAGCUUUCAAAGCCAAGAUUGCAGCAGAGAAGAAGGAACGAGAACAUCUCCUUGCACUGAAUCAAAUCCUUGCUCGUCAGGUCAUGGAGAAAAGCCGUGUAGUUGCAGUACGAGCUCUUACAAUGCUGACCAAGCAACCUAGUUCUUCCGACGAUGACCUGUCACCAAUGCAGCCUCUUCCUCUUGUGCAGCAGCGGGAAAACUACCUCGUCUAGACAACCAGACCCCAACUUCCUUGUCUGGGAUACCUCGGAAGCAAUUUCUCUACAGAUUGGUUUCCAUAGGGGGGGGGGGGGGCACAAGAACAGCAGCCUAGUCUAACGUGUUAUUUUUAAAACAGGAUGCGAGUGAUAAUGACACAACAAAAAUGUUUUGAUAGAGUGAAAGUCCUACAUAGUAUAUAAAAAAAAAUAAAUAAAAAAAUAGUAGUGCUGUAUGUUCUCCCUGUUUUCAAGUGUGAUGGUCUUGACUGUCUGAAGGAGAUGUAUAGUGAGUAACAUAGGCUUCCGGAGUCUCCUUCAGGUUUAAUGUACUAGACGAUGUGAUGCGUUCACUUAGAUUGUGAAAGUUUGUUUUUAUGAUUAUUCAUGACAUUAUUGUCUGUGAAAGUGUAUCAGAUUUUUUUUCUUCUGAAGAUAUGUUCUUUCAGAAUAUAGAUUUGACAUUUGAUGCAUUGGGGACAUCAUUCACCAUUCUGAUAAAAUGUAAUGUGUGAAAAUGUUUAUUUGACUGAUGAAUUAUGCAGUUGCAGCUUGGUGUAGAUGUAAAUCAACAUUGUACAUUAUAAACUGAAGAAGUUUUUUUCCUCAGAACAGACAUUACUUUUGAAGGAUUGAAAGCAGUGUUAAGAGUUUGAAGUGAGAGAGUAUGGGUUUUUGUUUUUGUGAAAAGUGAAGAGCCUUCGAUGAUUUAGACAAAAAUUUAAAAGAAUAAAAUCCAAAAGCAAAAUAUUUUCAAAAUAUUUUCUGAGCAUUUAUGCAACCAUCAUCAAAUACACGUUUCCUGGUAAGGAAUCACAUAGUGUAUACAUGAAAAACUGCCUUAUGGAAAACUAAAUUAAAAACGUGCCAAGUGUGACUGAAGAUGGAUGGCUUCAUUAUGUUGACUAAAUGUGAUACAAUGGACAUUUUGGUUUUAAUUCCUUUUGUUUGGCUGCCAUAUCCUUACAUACUGUAAGAAAUGCUUGGACCUUCAAAUGUUUCCUUGUUUGGAUGCCAGUGAGAGUUCUGCAUUAAGCUGUUCUUCCAUGAGUGACUUUCCUAACACUUUAAAAAGCUUCAUGUGUAAAUUUAGCUUUCAUUCAUAAUAAUAAAGAAAAAAAAAAAAAAAAAAAAAAAAAGUGCAAUGCUGAGGAUAAACUUUCCAAGAGACUGAAAGGUGAAGUCUUUCCCCUUUUUCAGAAUAAAGAAAGGACUUUUUGAAAACUGUAGUGUUCAUAUACUUGAGCUUCCAAAUGGUAUUGAAAAUUGAUUUCUUUAUCUCCAGUUUUAUGGUGAAUGUUGACAUGUCUGUACUGUACUACCAAUGAGAUAAGCUAACUCAUAGACCUUCGAAUCCAGUCUCGGUGCCACAUUAACUGAAGCUGGUUUGUCAGUCACUUAGGAUUUCAAUAGUAUUGUUAAAUGUAUGUGUGUAUCAUACUUGUUAGUUCUGUGUUUUAUUUUUAUUAUUAAUUUUAAUGAAGAUUGUUUGUUGCUAGAUUUCCCCUACAUGCUUGUAUUCAGACUCCUUUCCUCUUGGUGUUCAUACCAUUUUGGUAUAGAAUUUCUGUGUAUAGUUACUCUGUGAUUCCUCAAUCCUUUGGACUGAUAAACGGCUGCAAUAUAUGAAAGUUUUAUGUAAAUAGUAUGAUACACUAGGAUUAGUUGAUAGAGUUUUUUUAUUGGAAGUACAUUUUUAGGUGAAAACUGAAUUUUGCCUCGUAAGUAUUAUGUUUAUAUAAACAUUCAAUUUAUGAUUUUUGUAGGUAAAAAAAAAAAGAAGAAAAAAAGCUUGAAAUGUCAAACUCUAGCUUUAAAAUAUGGCAUCCCUUAUUACUCACUUUAUGAUUUAGUUAAUAUUCCAACAUAUCUUAAGCAAUAAUAAUAUUGUCAUAUGGUAAUUUUUCUUCAGAAUAUCUUAAUUCAUUACUGUUGUGGUGAAGACUGCCAGAAAAUAAGGAAAGAUCUUUGUUGAAUACAGUGGGAUGAUUUUUCUAUGCCUUCAAUAAUAAUGUAAGGAUUGUCAGGAAGAUUGUAUGCUGUUGGUUAUACAUAAUAAUGUAUAUUUUAACUGCUCUCAAACUUGUGUAUUUUUUACAAAAGAUAUUUACUGUAUAUUGCCAGUACUAUUUUUUGGAAUCUGUACAAAAGAUUGUAUUGUGCAAUAAAUUCAAUUGCUCCAA